UGUAAAAAAAUCUCACUCUUCCCUAAACUUCGACGAAGAGUUUAAAGUUUCUUCACCCAUGGCUCCUCCAAGAUUGAUUGCUAAAAGCGCCCAUGACGAAGCGACCGUCCUCGACGGUGAAGUUCCCACAUCGUUACUAGUCAAUUCAACAAGCUUCCUUGCCAACGGUCAUCCAAUUCUCAAGGAAGUCCCAGCAAACAUCACAGCCACCCCAUGGGUAGAUGCUAAUGGUGUAAUUAAAGGGGUCAAGGGCCUAGUUAAGGGCGGAUGCCCUCCAGGGAUGGUUGUUAUAGAUAAUGGAUGGCAAUCCAUAUGCCUAGAUGAUGACCCUAUUGACAAAGAAGGCAUGGAUCGUGCCGUUACUGGUGAAGAAAUCCCAUAUAGACUAGUAAAAUUUGAAGAAGAUCAUGAGUUUAAAGACUAUGAGAGUGCCAAAUUACCCAAUACCAAGGGCAUGAGUGCAGUUGUUAGUGACUUGAAAGAGGAGUUUAAGACCAUAGAAUAUGUUUACAUGUGGGAGGCUUUGUGUGGAUAUUGGGGUGGGAUCAAGCCCAAUGUCCUAGGCAUGCUGGAGGCGAAGGCCAUUGAACCCAAGUGGUCACCAGGAUUUCACAUGUUUAUGGAGGAUUUUGCCACAAACAAUAUCUCAAGAGAUGGGAUACGGAUAGUCCAACCAGAGAUGGCUAACAAGAUGUACGAAGGACUUCAAUCUCAUCUUGAGUCGACCAGAAUAGAUGGAAUUAAGAUUGAUGUGAUUCAAGUACUUGAGAUGCUUGGGGAGGAUUUUAGGGGUCGGGUUGAGCUUGCUAUUACUUUUUAUAAGGCUUUAACAACUUCUUUACGGAAAUAUUUCAAAGGAAAUGACAUCAUUGCUAGCAUGGAACAAUGCAACGACUUCCUUUUCCUUGGAACAGAAGCCAUAACCCUUGGGCGUGCAGGGAUGUCACUUGGUGCAUUGCGCCUACAACAACCUAUGGCGAUCUCUGGUGAACCAGUUUAUGUAAGUGACUCAGUUGGGCAACACAAUUUCAAAUUACUCAAGAGCCUAGUAUUGCCUGAUGGGUCUAUUCUUAGAUGUCAUAGCUGCGCACUUCCUACGAGAGACUGCCUCUUUGAAGACCCUUUGCACGAUGGCAAAACCAUGCUCAAAGAUUUGGAACCUCAACAAAGAGUUGUAGGAGUGUUUAAUUGUCAAGGAGGAGGGUGGUUUCCAAAGUAUAGGAAGACCAAGAGAGCCUCUAAGUUUUUAGGCAUGGUGGGCUGUUUAGUCUAUCCCAAAAAUAUUGAAUGGAGGCACGGAAAGGAUACAAUCUCUAUUCAAGGUGCGCACCAAUUUGCUGUGUACAUUUUCCAAAGGAAGUAUAUGAAGUUGAUGAAGUUUACAGAGAAAAUUGAGAUUUCACAAGAGCCCUUGAACUAUGAACUCCUUACAGUUUCUCCCGUGACAAUUCUACCAAUAAAAUCCAUUGGAUUUUGCCCCAUUGGAUUAGUGAACAUGCUUAAUUCUGGGCGUGCAAUCCAAAGCAUAGACUUUGAUGAUGAUGGAAAUUCAGUUAGAAUUGGAGUGAAAGGAAAGGGGGAAAUGGGAGUGUUUGCAACAGAGAAGCCAAUUUCUUGUAAGAUUGAUGGAGUCGAUGUUGGAUUUAGCUAUAAUGAUCAGAUGGUGUCCAUUGAAGUUUCUUGGCCAAAUUUUUCUAGAGCUUACCCUAAGACCAACACAGAGAAUGAAAAAAGAGGAGCAUUUAAAUUCAACAAGAAAAAGGACACAACAAGCCUAUCUUGGGCAUCAGCACAACAUCAUUGCCUUUUGUAGCAUGGUUCCUCAAUAAGCCUAAAGUUCUUUA